AUGGCAACAGUCAUUGAAAAUCCAAUCGAGAUGGCUAUUCGCAGCGGUCUAACGAAAGAACUCGAUCCCGUGCAUCUGGAGAUCGUUAAUGAAUCUUACAUGCACAAUGUUCCUAAGGGGUCGGAAACACAUUUCAAGGUUCUAGUCGUAUCACAACAAUUCGAAGGAUUGGCAUUAAUUAAGCGACAUCGAAUGGUGAAUGACAUUGUAAAAAAUAAUCUGAAUGGCGAUUUCGUACAUGCUCUCUCUAUAGUCGCAAAAACCCCACAGCAAUGGGAUGAAGCUUAUGAGCUCAAACCCAGUCCAAAUUGUAAAGGGGGAUUUGGUAAAUAA